ACUCGUGAUUCGGUCUCAUCCACGUGACAGACAUCAACUCAGUUCGUCACCUUGUAUGAGUCGCGGUCGAGUUCCACUGAUGAUAGGACUGGGAAGUGACGUAGAAACUAGUCAAACCGAGACGGACAGUACGGAGUCUUCACCGAAGGCCAGACAAGUGAACAAAUUUCAUUUCGAAUCUGUUAACGAGCAGACAGUUGGCUCAGAUGAUCAAAAGAAAGUGAUCAUUCCAGAAUACGAGGACGGAUGGUACAGGUUCAGUUUUAGAAAGCUCUGGGCGUUCACGGGGCCGGGAUUUUUGAUGAGCAUUGCGUAUCUAGAUCCGGGCAACAUAGAGUCUGACCUCCAGUCAGGUGCCGUGGCCGGAUUCAAGUUGCUAUGGAUACUUUUGUUAGCGCACGUUAUGGGGCUCUUGCUGCAACGUCUAGCUGUGCGACUUGGUGUGGUAACAGGUAUGCAUCUUGCUCAGGUUUGCUACAGGAGUUAUCCUAAAAUUCCUCGGAUAAUAUUAUGGUUGAUGGUCGAGGUGGCGAUUAUUGGAAGUGAUAUGCAGGAAGUGAUUGGUACUGCAAUUGCGUUGAAUCUUCUGUCAUCCGGUCGUAUUCCACUCUACGCAGGUGUCAUCAUCACUAUCACGGAUACGAUAUUUUUUCUGUUUCUUGACAAGUAUGGGUUGAGAAAGUUGGAGGUGUUCUUUGGCGUUCUCAUCAGUGUUAUGGCGAUCACGUUUGGGUACGAGUACGUGGCCGUGCAACCAAAUCAAGGCGAUGUACUCAAAGGGAUGGUGGUUUGGUAUUGCUCGAGUUGUUCGAAAAAGGCUGUCGAACAGGCUGUUGGCAUUGUUGGUGCUGUCAUCAUGCCACACAACUUCUACCUUCACUCUGCGUUGGUGCAUUCACGAGAGGUGGACAGAGAGAACGAGAAGCAGGUCAAGGAAGCGAACAAAUACUUCUUUAUGGAGUCAGGGAUCGCACUGUUUAUUUCGUUUAUUAUCAAUCUCUUUGUUAUGUGCGUAUUUGGAGCUGCUUUCUAUGGAAGACGGGCAGUGGAUGUUAUUGAGAAGUGCCCAUCUAUCAAUGAGACGCUUAUUGGUCAAGAUUAUGACUUAAAUGGCAGUCUUCCGGUUGAUAUCUACAAGGGUGGAUUGUUUUUGGGUUGUUAUUACGGCGAGAUUGCGAAGUACAUUUGGGCUAUUGGGAUUUUAGCGGCAGGUCAGAGCUCCACGAUGACGGGAACAUAUGCAGGACAGUUUGCGAUGGAAGGGUUUCUCAACAUUAAAUGGCAGAGAUGGAAGCGAGUUCUCUUCACUAGGUCGGUGGCUAUCUUGCCAACAGUCAUGGUUGCAGCAUUCUCAAAUAUCAAUCGGUUGACGGGCAUGAAUGAUAUUCUCAAUGUCGUUCAGAGUCUGCAGAUACCAUUCGCACUGAUUCCACUGCUCCACUUUACAUCAACGGUCAACAUCAUGCAGCACUUUCAGAAUGGUGUUGCGAUGCGAGCUUUCAUCUCUUGUCUCGGAUUUGGUGUCAUUGGUAUCAACUUUUAUUUUGUCAUUAGUUACAUGUCGUAUGUGACUGCCUGGUGGGCUCUUGCUUUGAUUAUAUUUGCUAUGAUAUGCUAUGGAACUCUAGUUUUGUACUUUGCAACAGCAGCUACUGGUCUUCACAAGAAAAUGGCUUCCUUACGGUGGUGUCCAAGCCUAUUUGGGAAUCUUAUGGCAUAUGAAUUGAUGUCUGAAGCUUCUCUACAAGCAGCUGGUAAUGAAAACGACAGAUCGUUGAUGUCUGAUUAAUUAACUUAUUAACUACCUUUAGGGUUGAUGUUUAGGUUUUUAACUUAACUUCUGUAUUUUUGAAGUUAUUGUUAGAUUUAUAUUGUUAUAGAAAAAUUGUGAUGCAUAUGAUGGAUUUCGUAGAGAUGGUUGCAGAGUAAUGUGAAAUGUGAAACAGUCAAUUGUCAA